AUGGCUGACUUGAUAACCAACAGUGUCUCUCGCCGGGAUGAGGAUGAAGUGUGCCCCAUCUGCAAAUCCUCCAGAUACCUCAACCCAGACAUGCGCUUCCUUAUAAACCCGGAAUGCUAUCACAGAAUGUGUGAAUCAUGUGUUGACAGGCUCUAUAGUGCCGGCCCUAACUCGUGUCCCGUGGUCGGUUGCAAGAAGACACUGCGAAGGAAUCGGUUUCGAACACAGACCUUUGAAGAUAUUGGCGUGGAAAGGGAGGUCGAUAUACGGAAGAGAGUCAUGGCCAUUUUGAACCGCCGCGAAGACGAAUUUGACAGCAAAUUAGACUGGGACAACUUCCUCGAACAACGUGAAACCAUGAUCAUGAACCUAGUAUUAGGUAUCGACGUCGCAAAAACAGAAGCCGACCUACGCAAAUACGAAGCAUCAAACCUCGAUUCCAUCAGAGCCAACAAGGCCCUCGCAUCGCAGGAAGCCUCCUCGUUCCUAGAACAACAAUCCUUCGAACAAGAACAAGCCCGUCUACGCCGUAUGGCAGCACGCGAAGAAUACGAAAGAGAACAGCGUGAACUCGCCGCAGGCCGUGAGGAGGUACUCUCUCGACUCGCAUCAGGCCGUCCCGGCGACGCAGCUAGCAUUGCGCGAGAAGGCCAAAAGAUUUUGCUCAAGAAAUCAUCCGCUCGCCGAAGUGAGGAGGAAAGGUUACGUCAGAAACAAGCCGCUCUCCGCGGCGAAAAGGGCAAAGGAGCUCGAGUCUUUUCUGCAACCACAGACUCAGACGCGGAACCAAGUCUUAUCAAGGGCCUCAAGAAGGUCAUUCUACCAGAGCCGGAGAAGCCUUACGACCCCUUUGGUGGUAUCCAAGCAGACAAACGGGAUUAUUAUGUUUUGCAGGACCACUAUCCGUCUCAGUGGCUCGAACAGGCUCGCAACAAUGCCACAUUUGCGGCAGGKGGGUUCGAUGUUAAAGAGUAUUAUUCGCGAACACUCUUCGAAGCAUUCGCUGGCCUGGGUGUUUUUGUUGACGAAGAAGUUGGCGUAACCUCGAAAGCUGCUGUUGCCACAAAUAGUGCUGCGCAACAAGCUGCUACAGUUGGAGCUUCUAAUGAUGUUUUUUGA